UUCCUCUCGUGACUCCGGUGGAAGUCCAAAGGAAACUUUUAUUCCGUGUCGGGGCUGUUGUGGGAUGAAUGGAAGCGGAUAAAAGAGUUUCAGGCAUGAAGUUUUGAGUUGGACUUGAUCCGGACUGUAACGCUGCCCCACAGCUGCGUGUCCUGUGCGCGCGCGUGGGUCUGCCUCUCCCACUGUGUGUGUGUGUGUGUGUGUGUGUGUGUGUGUGUGUGUGUGUGUUUGAUGUGCGGCGGGGCAGCUGGCGCUCUGUGCUCUGCUCGGCUCACUGCUAGCAAUGGCGCUGCGCGCUGGCCAGCUCUUUUCUCGGUGUGUCCUCGCGCCGGCUUUGUUGCUGUUCGCCUUUAACGGACCGCAGUUUGCACUUUGUUGUCCGAGUCGCUGUUUGUGUUUCCGAACCACCGUGAGAUGUAUGCAUCUAAACCUGGAAACGGUGCCGGCUGUGUCUCCUCAGACCACCAUUCUAGACCUGAGAUUCAACAAAAUCAAGGAUUUACAUCCGGGAUCCUUCAGGCGACUGAGGAACCUCAACACGCUCCUCCUCAACAACAAUCGUAUACAAAGGAUCCCCAGAGGAGCUUUUGAAGACCUGGAAAACCUCAAAUAUCUCUAUUUGUACAAGAAUGAAAUCCAAUCAAUUGACAGACAAGCAUUUAAGGGGCUUGUCUCUCUUGAGCAACUGUACCUGCACUUCAACAACAUUGAGUCUUUGGAACCGGAAUCGUUUACCCAUCUGCCAAAGCUGGAACGAUUGUUUUUGCACAACAACAGAAUAACUCAGCUCGUCCCUGGAACCUUCUCUCACCUUCAGGCCAUGAAGCGACUGCGACUGGACUCUAACGCAUUAAACUGCGACUGUGAGCUGCUGUGGCUGGCCGACCUGCUGAAGCAGUACGCCGAGUCGGGCAACGCCCAGGCCGCCGCCACCUGCGACUAUCCCAGCCGGCUGCAGGGCCGAUCGGUGGCCACGCUCACUGCUGAGGAGCUCAACUGCGAGGUACCGAGGAUCACCUCAGAGCCCCAGGAUGUGGACGUGACUUCAGGAAACACAGUGUACUUCACCUGCAGGGCCGAAGGCAACCCUAAACCACAGAUUAUCUGGCUCAGGAACAACAACGCUUUAAACAUGCGUGACGACAGUCGUCUAAACCUGCUGGAAGAUGGGACACUGAUGAUCCAAGACACCAGGGAGACGGACCAGGGAGUAUACCAGUGCAUGGCCAAAAACGUAGCCGGGGAGGUGAAGACUUCCCAGGUCACUCUGCGAUACUUCGGAGCUCCCUCACGACCAAGUUUUGUGAUCCAGCCCCAGAACACGGAGGUCCUGGUGGGAGAGAGCGUGACCCUGGAGUGCAGCGCCACCGGCCAGCCGCAGCCAAGAGUGUCCUGGACGAAGGGCGACCGCACACCACUGCCCAGCGACUCCCGCAUCAACAUCACGCCGUCUGGAGGGCUUUACAUCCAGAACGUGGUUCAAGCGGACGGAGGACAGUAUACGUGUUUCGCCUCUAAUAAUGUGGAUACCAUACAUGCGACAGCUAACAUCAUCGUACAAGCGAUCCCACAGUUCACCAUCACACCACAUGACCAGUCAGUACUAGAGGGUCACACUGUUGACUUCCCCUGCGAGGCGAGUGGCUAUCCUCAGCCAGUCAUCGCCUGGACUCGAGGGGGAAGCCCGCUGCCUCUGGACCGUCGUCAUGUGAUCCUGUCCUCUGGUACGCUCCGCAUCAGUCGGGUGGCCGCGCAUGACGAGGGCCAGUACGAGUGCCAGGCGGUCAGCGCCGUGGGGGCCGAGCGCACCGCUGUGCAGCUCAGCAUCGAGCAGAGAGUAACGCCUGUUUUCACAAAUGCUCCAAGGGACCGGACUGUGGAGUCUGGCCAGGAUGUGCGGAUUCCCUGCAGUGCUCAGGGCCAGCCGCAGCCUGUCCUCACCUGGAACAAGGAUGGUGUACAGGUGACAGAAAGUGGAAAGUUCCACAUCAGCCCCGAGGGUUACCUGGAGGUGAGGGAUGUGGGCACUGCGGAUGCUGGACGCUACGAGUGCAUCGCCCGCAACCCCAUCGGCUACCUGGUUGCUAGCAUGGUUCUCACAGUCACUGUGCCUGCAGUCAGCAGAGAGGGAGACACCUUCGUGAGCUCGUCCAUAGAGCAGGCCAUUCGUAACGUGGACAACGCUAUUGAGUCUACGAGGAGACAACUCUUCGAUGGUCAGCCUCGUACUCCAGGAGAGUUGCUCGCCCUUUUCCGAUACCCACGUGACCCCUACACGGUGGAGCAGGCGCGUGCUGGCGAGAUCUUUGAGCAGACUCUUCUGCUGAUCCAGAACCACGUCAACCAGGGCCUCAUGGUGGACACCAACGGCACCGCAUUCCGCUACAAUGACCUGGUGUCCCCCCGCUUUUUGGAUGUGAUUGCCAAUCUGUCUGGCUGCACGGCCCACCGCCGCUUCAACAACUGCUCUGACAUCUGUUUUCACCAAAAAUACCGCAGCCAUGAUGGCACCUGCAACAACCUGCAGCACCCCAUGUGGGGUGCCUCGCUCACUGCCUUCGAGCGCCUCCUGAAAUCGGUCUACGAUAACGGUUUUAAUCUGCCGAGAGGCGCCACAGACCGGGUGCACAACGGGUACAGGCUGCCACUGCCCAGGCUGGUGUCCACUACUAUGAUUGGAACAGAGACCAUCACUCCUGAUGACCGCUACACUCACAUGCUGAUGCAGUGGGGUCAGUUCCUGGAUCACGACCUGGACUCCACAGUGGUGGCCUUGAGCCAGUCCCGUUUUUCGGACGGCCAACUGUGUGCUCAGGUCUGCACAAACGACCCGCCAUGCUUCCCGAUCCAGUUCCCACCCAACGACCAGCGUCAGCUGCGAAGUGGUGCCCGCUGCAUGUUCUUCGUGCGGUCUAGCCCGGUGUGCGGCAGCGGGAUGACGUCUCUGCUCAUGAACAGUGUGUAUCCCAGAGAGCAAAUCAACCAGCUCACCUCCUACAUUGAUGCUUCCAAUGUCUACGGCAGCUCACGGCACGAAUCGGAGGAAAUCCGGGACUUGGCCAGCCAAAGGGGGCUGCUCCGUCAAGGCAUCAUACAACGAACAGGGAAGCCACUUCUGCCGUUUGCCACUGGACCACCCACUGAGUGUAUGAGGGAUGAGAAUGAGAGUCCAAUCCCAUGUUUCUUAGCUGGAGACCAUCGUGCCAAUGAGCAGCUUGGCUUGACUGCCAUGCACACAGUAUGGUUCAGAGAACACAACCGCAUAGCUACAGAGUUACUGAGACUCAAUCCCCACUGGGACGGGGACACCAUCUACCACGAGGCAAGGAAGAUAGUGGGGGCCCAGAUGCAGCACAUCACCUACAGCCACUGGUUGCCAAAGAUUCUAGGUGAGGUAGGGAUGAAGAUGAUGGGGCCUUACUCCGGUUACGACCCCAACAUUAACGCCGGCAUCUUCAACGCGUUUGCCACUGCCGCUUUCCGUUUUGGACACACCCUCAUCAACCCGAUACUCUACAGGUUGAAUGAGGACUUCCAGCCGAUCCCUCAGGGACACAUCUCUCUGCACCGGGCCUUCUUCUCCCCGUUCCGCAUCGUAAACGAAGGAGGCAUCGACCCGCUCCUGCGCGGGCUGUUUGGCGUCGCAGGUAAAAUGCGCAUUCCCACGCAGCUUCUGAACACAGAACUGACAGAGAGGCUGUUCUCCAUGGCCCAUGCUGUGGCUCUGGACCUGGCCGCCAUGAACAUCCAGAGGGGUAGAGAUCACGGCAUCCCUCCAUACAACGAUUACAGGACCUUCUGUAACCUGACCUCAGCUCAGACGUUUGAAGACUUGAAGAAUGAGAUUAAGAAUCCAACCGUCAGAGAGAAACUACAGAGACUGUACGGUUCUCCUCUCAACAUUGAUCUGUUUCCGGCUCUGAUGGCUGAAGACCUGGUCCCUGGCAGCAGAUUGGGGCCCACCCUCAUGUGUCUGCUGGUAGUGCAGUACAAACGGCUGCGGGAUGGUGACAGGUUCUGGUAUGAAAACCCAGGCGUGUUCACUCCCGCCCAGCUGACCCAGCUGAAGCAGGCAUCUCUGACUCGUGUGCUUUGCAACAAUGGGGACAACAUCACACGGAUCCAGCAGGAUGUGUUCAGAGUUGCCGAGCUGCCCCAUGGCUACGGCAGCUGCAACGACGUCCCACAUAUUGACCUGCGGAUGUGGCAGGACUGCUGCGAGGACUGCAGAACCAAGGGUCAGUUUAACGCCCUGUCAUACCACUUCAGAGGACGCAGAUCCGCUGAGCACAGCUACAAAGAGGACAAACCUGCCAACAGCAUCCAGGAGAGAAGCUCUGUGGAAAAAGCUCCAGGAAGUCUUGCAAACGUUACUGUGACCUCUGAAAAAAGCACUGAAACCUCGAUUAGCGACUUCCAGGAUUUUGUCACCGACAUGCAGAAGACCAUCACAAGCUUACGGAAGCAGAUUAAAAGACUUGAAGCCCGUCUGAGCAGGACUGACUGCACUGAUGAUGAAGGCCGUGACCGAGCAGACGGAGAGCGAUGGAAGAAGGACUCCUGCUCCACGUGUGAAUGCAAAGACGCCCAGGUGACCUGCUUUGUGGAGUCUUGUCCAACACCGGAGUGCAAACAGCCCAUCAAGCUAAAAGCCGCCUGCUGUCCGGUGUGCCUCCAGCAGGCAGAUGGACACCAAAGUCAAAAAGUGGACACGAAUAAUCCUCAGGAUCACCUGACAAACUAGUGUCUGAAAGUCACUUCUAAUCAAACGUAUCGAGAGGAGAUGGGACUCAUGAAGGUGUGCUGAUCCACAGCUAACCUCGAUAUACCCUCGAUAAACAGCUUUUUAUUUUGUUCCUUUAUUAUUAUUAUUUUUUUGUUUUUAAAUCAGGGGAGGGGUUGUUCUUGUCUCAAAUUUCAGUUUGUUGCAGUCUCCAGGGCUGCCCACUAGGAUCUACUUCUGUAGCGACGAAUGGAUUCUAACCAACACGGACAAACCUCUCCUGCUCGCUCACCGAGGCUUGAGAAGCCACCGCUGCCGCUCGCUCUCCUGCACUCAGUGAAAAAAACGCAGGACUAGUCGCCGUCAACGAGCAGGAAAGGGAAGUUGAUGGAAAUGCGGCUGCCGCUUCGUCGUCUCGCAAAAUUUUCUCAGGUUAGAGAUGCCGAAAAUUGGUGCUAUUUUCCCACUUUUAUUAUGAUUUAAGUCAUUAAAUACAAACCUUCAAGUAUUAUCCUCAUAUGCAAAGCAACCUAUAUACACUCAGUAUGUCUUUUAAUGAUGCAUCACAACUGAGAGGAUUGUUUUACUCGAACAUGAGUAGAGUUACUGCAUCUUUUAAUCCAUGGUGCUUUAUAUCAUGUUUGUAAUGUACUUUUUACCCUUUUUUUGUUUGAAAAUACAUAUGAAGAUAAUGUGAAGCCCUAAAAAAUGUUUGUAAUGCAAAAGAAACAUGUCUACUGAUUACUGCCUCUAUCCCUGGAUAGCUUGCUUACGGUCCCUGCUGGCCCGCUCUGAGCUUAAGUGAGGUGGAGCCGUUUGGCGCUUUUCAUUGCAGGACACUCGAUCCAGCUCUCACACCAUCACGCUCUGCUUCAUGUUUAAUUUGGCUUCCAGAAAGCAGUGACAGAGUAUCGAUUUGAACCACUGUAAUGUUGUGAACUCGUCUUCUAAAGCCAAAAAUAUGAUUUAAAAACUUCCACAAUGACAAAAAUAGCAGGUCUGUCUAUGAAAGCAUGUGUGAACAUUGUAUUAGUCUGGAUUCAGCCUUUAGUACUGCUAACUUUACCAUGGCAGUAUUCUUUUACUCAUGCAUAGACAAGAUUAAAAACAACUUAAGGUAACUGUAUCAGCAGUUGACACAAGGACGCGCUUGCAUGCAUUCCUCUGUCUUUCCACAGUUUUUCUUCUUGAUUUUCCCUGCGAGGGCCGUCUGCAGUGCUGAUAUGUCAGGAAUGAUCACACUGCUCUUGUUUCUUUGCCAUUUUGAAGAAUUUUUGUUCUGGACUGAUGUCAUUUCACCCAGCAGCCCUCUGACCCUCAUUCCACUGUAAUGGAAGCCAUAUGAGAGGAGGAUGUUGGGGGAAGGGUGCAGAUGAUCGGGAUAUGAGCAGAACACGUCUAACCAUACUGCAGUUGCGAGGUCUUUUAUAUGUACUGUACAUAAACAAAUACCACUCAUUGUACUUCAUGCACUGGCUCGCUUUGUGUCACUUUUUUUUUUCGUCUUCCUGUUUUGCCUCACUCCUGAUUGUGUUGAAGCUGUCUCCAUUGUUUCCUUUAUGUGACAACAUCCUGAACACGCAUCUGUCACUAAGCAGAAAUGAUAUUAAUGCUUUCUGGAAUUUUCCAUUCAGGAUUUCAGAUGGAUUAGAGGGCUGCAGUCACACUGGUAUCAUAUAUGUUCAAACAUACUGAAUAGUUUCAUCAGAUAUGGUUUGUUUUGUUUUUUUUUUGCUAAUACAUUUUGGCAAGUGUCCCGAGCUUUGGCCGCCAAAGUACCGGUCUUAAAUGUCUGUCGUAUUAGCUCAUUUUUAUUUCCAUCAUGGCUCCGUCUCUUUUAAUUUCCCCUUGGAAAAGCUCCAAGCGUCAGUGGAAUGCACUACUCUGCAGGACUGAACAUGCUUUACCUACACUGUCCUUGUCCCAGCGGUCAAUGUGGAUAUACUAGUGCCUAUCAUGACAGUUAUAUUGUACUUUUGCCAAAGACUGGUUUGCACUGUAAUGUACGCCUCAACAGUGAUAAUAAAUAAGCCACAUCUGAAUUACA